AUGCGUUUGAUUCUUAUCACCUCUUUGAUGUCUUAUAUUCAAUGUGGACAUUAUAAAGGAGGAACAAUAACAUGGAAACCUACUGGUGUAACAUCAGGUUCUAAGAUUGAAAUAAUGUUCAAUGAACGACAUUCAUUUACAUUGACUGGUCGAUACGCGUGUGACCAAUCUUUAAUCGCUGGAUUAGUAUACGGUUCUUAUUAUGAUCAAGGUGCAACAGCACCACCCGAUUUCUCCUGUAUUAGUUCAGCAUCAGCUUGCACAACUAGUCUGUAUUCAGAUGUUGACCAAUAUUUGUUAUGUACUGAUUAUAAUAACAUCUUAUCAAUCAGUAGUGGAGCUUAUUAUGGUAAACAAAAUCUUAGCUCUAGUACAAAUAUUUAUAUCUCAUAUAGCGGAGGUACGUGGAACACUGUUAUUGGUCCAAAUCUCAAUUGGGCUGUCACCACAUAUAUAGACUUAGCCACGACACCUCUCAACACAUCACCAGGUUAG